AGAAAAUUUCUGCGUCACUGUUGACAGCCUUUAACGCAAACAAUUUUGUGUUUUUUAUGCAUUGAUUAAAAAAGAAUACGGAAGAAAAUCUACAUUUUACGUGCCUUUUUUCAGGAAAUUUUGAUUUGACAUCAAAUCACCUGAAGAUGGAAAUUGUGCCAGUCACCUAUGAUAAGGAGGAAUACAUUGAAACGGCGUCUGGGAAUAAGGUGAGCCGAAAGACGGUUCUGUGUGGAUCGCAGAAUAUCGUGCUAAAUGGAAAGGUCAUCGUUCAAACUGGCGCUAUUAUCCGUGGUGACCUGUCGAAUGUGCGAACCGGACGGUAUUGUGUGAUCAGCCAGAAGGCAGUCAUUCGACCCGCUUACAAGCAAUUCAGCACCGGAAUUGCUUUCUUUCCACUGGUGAUUGGUGAGCAUGUGUACAUUGGCGAAGGUGCGGUCGUCUCAGCAGCAUCAAUCGGUUCAUAUGUGUACAUUGGAAAGAAUGCCAUCAUUGGUCGUCGUUGUACGAUACGUGAUUGCUGCAUCAUCGAAGAUGGAGCAGUGGUGCCGCCCGAAACGACUGUCGCUAGUUUUAUGAAAUUCACAGCUAAAGGAACGAUUCAAGGCGAUCAAGGCAAUCCAAAUUUCGUUCCACCCGCAAUGCAAGACCUAAUGAUUGACUUCACAAAAUCAUACUAUGAAAACUUUCGGGCAGCUCCAUCAAAGCCAGCAUAAAAUGCGACAAAACUCCAACAUUAAUCGAAUGCAAAGAUAAUUUAUUCAUGUAAUUCCAAAAUAUAAUGGCUUUUCGAUUUGUUUCUUCUUUUUUUAUAAUACAAUUUAUCAAAUAUAUGAAAAUAUCAUUUUCUUCUGGAUACAAACAAA